AUGGCGACUUUGAUGGACGAGGCCAUGGAGAGCUACGCGUAUCCCUCGUACAGCCCUUACUCCUACCGCUACCAGCCGCCCAAGAGCAAAGGCGGGCCGGGCGCCUGGCGGCACCAGCAGCACCAACCCCACCACCACCAGCACCGCAGCAGCAGCAGCUACUUCUCCGGCUACAGCGAAGCGGUGGCGGCGGCGGCGGCGGCCGAGUACUUCGACAACUACCAGCGGGCGCAGCUGAAGGCCAUCCUCUCGCAGGUCAACCCCAACCUGACGCCGCGGUUGCGCAAGGCCAACACCAAGGAGGUGGGAGUCCAGGUCAACCCGCGGCAGGACGUCUCGGUCCAGUGCUCGCUAGGGCCGCGGCCGCUCUUCUUCCGCGCCCGGCCCCGCGGAGGCGGAGGCGGCGGCGGUGGCGGCGGCGUCGAGCAAGAGCAAGGCUGCCCGGUGAGCGGCGCCGCGCGGCACGUGCGCUUCCCGCGGACCAUCGCCGUCUACUCGCCGGUGGCCUCGCGACGCCUCACCACCUUCUUGGGAGAAGCCGAGCCCCGGGAGGCGGCGACGACGACGACGACGCCCGACGACGCUCCUACCCCGGGCCCCGAAGGGAACGCUGCUACCGCCGCCGCUGGCAAAGCCGAGGAGAGCAGCGCCAAGUCCCAGGAGCGGAAGAAGUCGCCGUCGAAGCCCCAAGCCGGCAGCGCGGCGUCGGAAAAGGGGAAAAGCGAAGAAGGGAAAGGCGCCCCGCCGCAACCGGCUCCUGAGGGAGACGGGCCGAGCAAGGCGCGCGUGCGCUUCCAGUUCCUAGAGCAGAAGUAUGGCUACUACCACUGCAAGGAUUGCAAUAUUCGAUGGGAGAGUGCCUAUGUCUGGUGUGUGCAGGGCACAAACAAGGUUUACUUUAGGCAGUUCUGCCGAACUUGCCAGAAGUCUUACAACCCGUACCGGGUGGAGGAUAUUACCUGCCAAAGCUGCAAGCAGACCAGAUGUUCCUGCUCCGUGAAACUGCGCCAUGUGGAUCCCAAGAGACCUCAUCGGCAAGAUCUUUGUGGAAGAUGCAAAGGGAAACGGCUUUCUUGCGACAGCACCUUUAGUUUCAAGUAUAUUAUUUAAGGAAAGGGUGUAGAGAAGAGUUCCUCGCCGUCAAAUUGUACCGAGGAGAAAGUUUUGUUUGUUUGCCAAGAGAGGGAAGCCUGCCGAGGAAGCGGAGAUG